AUGCAGAGUGUUGAGGCGACAGCUGUCCCUGGGGAGAUCAGGAAAGGCUUCCCAGAGAAGGAGAUCCUGCCGCUGGAUGUUUCCAGUGGAAAGAAUGGAACCCAUGAGAAGAAGAGACUGGGCUGCCAUUUGCCUCAGCUCCAAACUUCCCACGCUGCCAUCAUCCUGGACGCCCAGAAUCCUGAGCAGCCCCCACUCGCUGGUGGCUUCGCGGCCUUCCGUCAGCCGCCUGGACUCCGCCCGGGCUCCCUCCAGGUGCUCUCCCUCCCGCCGCUCGGCCUCCAGAACGCACCGCCUUCCGCAUCUCCCUCGCUCCGCACAAGUGACCUUCUCCGGCGGACGGACGACAAGGCGUGGGUAUCUGCCGAGUCCACUUGGCAAAACUGCGCCCCGCGAGGGUCCGAGAGCGCGCCGUGCACACUUACUACUGCUCCUGAAUUAACCGGUCAUCUGGUAUACAUCGCGCCCGCCGGGCGGCCACUGAAAGCUCUUCGAAUGGUAAAGAGAAGGCAAAGCCCCCAACGCCGUCCACACGCGCCUCUGCGGACCCCCGGGCCCCUUCCCGCGUGUCGCACACGCUCACCUAGUGCCCGGCUGAGGGCCCGGAGCGCCCGCGCGCAGGGUGUGCUCCAGCGGCUCGCACCACGCGCUCCCGUCCUCGUGCUGAGGCCGCCGCCGCCGGGAUUAAAGAGAAAGAAACAAAGCAUCAUGGGAAACGGAGUUCUCCAUUCAAAGCACCAAAAACGCGCCAAGCCCACGCCUCCCUCCCCCUCCAUUCCCGGGUUGGUGGGAGAGAAGCCAAGGGGGAGGGGAGUCCUUUUCACCCCUCCACGUGCACCCCCUCGGCCCGCGCCCCCCCAGGUCCCCCCCCCGCAGCCUAAAGGUCAGCGGCGGAGGAGAAAGGAGGGCCCCCCCCGCUUCCCGCGCGCUCCCCGCUACCCCUCAACUGCACUCUUGCUCCUCUGCAGCUCUCAAGUCCCGCCCGCUCCGUUCCCCCCCCGUCCCCUCCCACCCAGCAGUCAACCCCCCUCCCCGCUCCCGGCGGCCCCCACGAAGGUCCCCGCUUCUGCCCGCUCCCGGCCCUCGCAGGUGGCACGCGCGGCGACCCCGCGCCGGCCAGCCCGCUCCCGGCGCCCGCGCGACACGCCGCCCGUAGCGCUCCGGGGACCCGGGCGAGCGCUGCCUCCCGCCGAGCCCGAGGAGGAAGAGAAGCGGGGAGACGCGUCCCGGCGACUCCUCGGGGCCGCGGGCUCACGCCUCACCCGAGCGCCACCCCCCCACCCCGGUCCCGACGGCGCGGGGCACUGGCCCGGCGGCCACCACUUGAGGAGCGCUCCGUCCCCUCGGCCCUCGCUGCAGGCUUUAAUUAAAGGCGCGCCUGGGCCGCCGGCCGGGCCGGAGCCGGUGCCACUGGCGCAGAGCCCAGGGUGGCGCGCUCGCCCCAUCCCCCCACCGGAGACAAGACGACGAGGCCCACGGAGCCGUGGGACCCGGGUGUCCUCCCCAACCCGGCGCGCGCGCAUGCGCGCCGCCUCGCCGCUAGACUGA